ACAGCAGGGAUAUAUAAAAAAAACCAUGAAAAGCCAAUUAAUAGGAUUAUUUAUGAACUUCUGGAUUUCUUUUUCACUUGCUUUGUAUUUUCACAUUGGAGAAAGAGAAGAGAAAUGUAUAAUUGAAGAUCUUCCCAGCGACACGUUGGUAUUUGGGAAUUACAAAGUACAACGCUGGGAUAUACAUAAACACCAUUUUCUUGAAUCUGCUCCUGGUUUGGGAAUGUAUGUGACUGUCACAACUCCUUCUGGUGAGGUACUAUUGUCAAAACUGUAUGGGCCACAAGGAACAUUUUCUUUUACAUCCUAUCUCUCUGGGGAGCACGUAAUCUGUUUCCAGUCAAACUCGACAAGACUUCUGGCAAUUGCAGGAAGUAAACUGCGUAUCCAUUUGGACAUUAGAGUUGGAGAGCAUUUUUUUGAUGAAUCUGCUGUUCAAGCCAAAGAAACAGUGGAUGAAGUUCAUAUCAGACUAGAACAUCUAAUUGAGCAAAUUUACCACGUAUCCAAAGAACAAGACCAUGAAAGAGAACGUGAAGAAAAAUUUCGGAAGACAAGUGAAGAAACCAACAGCAAUAUUUUGUGGUGGGCUAUACUGCAAACACUGAUCCUCGUCUCCGUUGGAAUCUGGCAAAUCAAAUCUCUCAGAGAUUUCUUUAUAGCUAAGAAGCUUGUUUAAAUUCUAUAAAG